CCCUUUUUUCUUUCAAUUUAUUUAUUUUCCUCACUUACACUUGUUGAUUCAAUCCAGAAAAAGCAUGCCGAAAAAAUACCAUUUCUAACACAUUCAACAGCCAUGUCACCACACAUAUACUUUCUUAUCGACACCAACGCAUUCAGCAACACGCACAACCCCCUAGCGAUCACCAACACAGUAACGCGCAUCCUCGUGUACCUCGCAAGCAAGCAUGACACUCUAACGUGGAAUUACGAGCUACUUGACACCACCACCACGCGCAGCCGCACAACCGCGCAGACCCGACGCAAAACCGGCGAACGUAAGCAACUAACAAUCGAAGCUCUGGGUCAAUUCAAAGACCACUUGCGUAAUACAUUGACUGUGAGGAGAUCCGUGGGGGUGCGGGCGAGGGCGCCGUUGGAUUCACUGCAUGAGCGGUUGAUGUGCUUGGAGGCAGAUGUCGAGUGGGGGGAUCCCGCGAUGAUGCGGUCGCCGAGGAGAAGUGCGAUGCAGGGGAUGGAUCCCACACGGGCAAACGACCCCCUAUCGGUGCGCAGCCACCUGUAUAUUAUUAGCGACAGCCCGUGGUCACUGGAAACUCUGGACUUAUUCAUUGGCACGCUCCAUCCUGCUACUGUCUCCGCUGUUGUGGCGGCAGCGGAUACCACUAAUGCAGAUGCGUCUCUAAUGGAGAAACUAACGCGGAUGCGCGAUAGUCUCGUGGGUAAUGGCAUUUGGGAAAGUUACGCGCGUAAACGCGUUGGCAUUAAUUGGAUCAGGCCACAGGGGCGGACAAUCCCAGGGAUGGAUCCGGUCGAGAUCCUGAUUGACUCUGUGUUCGCUUGUUGUUUGGAGUCCCUCGGCGGAUGCGUUAUGUCAGUGGAUGAGCUGAGCACACCCGGGGUGCUGUUCUCCAGUCGGUUUGCUCCCCUGCACCGCGUGCGCACGUAUCCGAGCUGGAACCGCAAAUUCGCCGUGGAAAUUUCCGCUGUUGCUGAGCAUUUUGCUAUUACCAAUGCUACGGCGGAGAGUGAGUUACUUGGGGGUAUGCAUAUAUGGAGGAUUCACUGCCCUCAGCAGCAGCAGCAGCAACGGGGUGUGUUUGCAGGGUUUGGCGGCGAAGAUGUAGUGCUGAAAAGGGUGCAGGGGUGGCAGCGGCGGCAGAGGCAGAACUGUAGGUGGCUUGUGGAUGGCCGGAUAAUGCAGAAAUAUGAUUUGCCAGAGAUGGUCGCGCUGGCCGCAGAAUACAAGCGGACACUGGAACAGCAACAGCAACAGCAGGAGGACGAUUUGCAUUGGUCUGGGGAGAAACACAGGGUUUUGUUGCCCCUGCUUUGCGUCCCAUUGUGUAUGUGGCCGGUGGUUGUUCGCAUGACCGUGGGCGGCGCACCAGCGAUGUUUGAGAGUACAGGUGGUAGCAGCGGAGGCGAGCAUUGGGCGAGCGAUGGUGUGUUUGCCCAGUCUUUUGUUGUAGCACAGGCUGGAGAGGGUGGUUUCUCGGGGGCGGCGUAUGUUGCGAUAGUGCCGGUGGGCGGCAGGACAGUGGCUAUAUACGAGAUGGAUGCAUGCGCGUACGCGGAAGUGUCGCGGAUGAGCGCACACGGGGAAUCAGCACAGGGCAAUGCUAGCAAUGGCGGAGACAGCGAAGAGGAUUUAUUUUCCUUGGCUUGGAUCGAGGACUGGGCUUGGAAGGUACCCGGCGGGCUGGAUAUCGAGCCUCGUGAAUCUUGUGUUAUUAAUGUUAGCUUUGAGUAUCCACAGCAUGAGGCAGGUUUCCCGGGUCUUGCUAGCUCAACAUUAUCUGCCUCCUGCGCAGCGCUUCCCGAGUGCAGUAUGGAUACCAGCAAUUGCAACGAUAUGCACGAUGCUGGCGAACAAACGGCGCUGUGUGAUUCUGUUCCGGUAUCCACCUUGGAGGCAUGGUACGUUGGCGUGUAUCUGAAGGUCAUUCGGCAGCCAAUCUCCAAAUUUGACCACGCAUUGGACUCCCUGGGUGCCCUCCUCGACAGCUUCCCGGCAGAAAUAGCUCACGAUGGCAGCAGUGGCGAAUUGCCUUCGAUGCUCAAUAUCUUGCGACAAUCUGUGCUUUUGCCCAGCUCGGCCGUCGAGGAUGCCUUUGAUAAUAGCGGCCAAGACCUGAACAAAGAAAGCACUGCAUUUUCCGAUUUCUACCUCGCGUCGAGGCUGCAUCGGGUCAGCACAAUGGUGGGCGAAGAUACCGGCGCCCAGCGCAUGUGGCAGCUGAGCGAGUGUCAACUCCAGAUACUGCUGCAUCUAUUUGUCAUCGACCGCAUGCACACAGUCUCCAAUAACGGUUGUGCGGAGCAGAUAGAGCAGCUUUCAAAUUCAUUACGCGAUCUCGUCGACUUGAUGUGCAUCUGGGUGUCGAUGGGCGACCUGGAUGGCAUAUCUGGUGUAUCGCCAGGGUCUAUUGCUGCCGCUGUUGCCUUGUUGGGUGAUGGUGCGGAGUGUCCGAGUGAUCUGGCCUCAGCCUUUGUCAGUGGCCCACUGGCGGGUCGCUUUGCGACUAGCCUGGGUGAACUUGUCGAGGAGCUGCGUGUCCAGUGUGGAUGGGUGCCGCAGACGAUAGAUAGCGGCAGUGAUGUGGCGGAGUUGGGGGAUUUGGAGGGUGGGUGUACGGGCAGUGAUGAUAUUCUGGGCGAGGGCGGCAGGAGACGCAAGGGUACGCCGCGGAAGAUCAGUAGGAGCUCGGGCGACAGAUCCGAGGUCAUUGUGCAUCAGCGACACCAGAUCGCCACAAGUGGUAAUUCUGGACGCAAACUGGCCAGACACCUGGACGAGCUCAUAAGCAGCAGCAGUGGCGGUGGUAGCAGUAGCAAGGCAUAUUGCGAUUCAAAUCCCAGAAGCAAGCUAACAUCGAGCAACCGAGCUGUACUUGGAGACUCACGGCAGCAGAAUCAGAAAUUGGCGCAUCUCAAAAUGCCCGCACAUCUUAUUCGCCAGCUUAAAAGCGAGGUGGUGUCGACUGCGCAUUCGGCUGCAAAGCCUCGGCAAGCCACCUCAACCACCAAGCCUGCUGCCAUGGAUAGCAGUGGGGGUAAUAUUUGGGGUGUUGGGAGAAGUAACACUUUGCGUCGGAGAGUGCAGAGGCGGUUUCCAGAGUCGAAUAGCUCGCCAUUGCUCGGGUAUCAUGCCAGAGAAGUGCGCCGUGUCCCAGAAGAAGAGGAUAUGUUAUCCAACAAUAAGCGCCAGCGCAUUGGCGAGCGCUCCCAUGCUGGUGGUGCUGGUGCUGGGAGCAGUCUUUCUGCAGUCUUUCCGAGGUCAUCAUCUACCGCACACGUUGGCUUCUUCUGUGACCGCGUCUCAAUUAAUUCUGGCGGAGCAUAUGUGGAAUCGCAGCAUAUAUCCAGUGCUGUUGGCGUGUCGGAGAUGCACGGCGUAUUUUCUCAUGAAAUGUUUGAGGUUUCUUCGGAUGAUGAAGAUGGUGGCAUUUAUAUUUAUGAUCACAGAGCUGCUCAAAUUUGAAAAUUGAAAUAUUAAUAAAGGUUAUUUUGCAUUUUUUUUUAAUAUUUUGGAUAACGCAGUAAGAGUAAAUAUAUUUAAUUUAUCACAUGCCAUGGAGCAUACACGCAUCAAU